UUGUUAUCUCAUUGCUCAACAUAGUUCUGUUAAUAACAAAGAGAAAUCAAGAUCAAUUUCAAAUAACAAAAGCUCGCCUUAAGCUUACAAGUAUACUAAUCCAAAUGUUUUUAAUUAUUUUUAGGCAAUUUUACAUCAUCAACAGAUUCAAAUCUUAUUUUGGCUAAGGAUACAAAAUUAGAAAUCUACCUACUUACACCAGAAGGUUUACGACCACUCAAAGGAAUUGAAAUUCAUGGAGAAAUAUCGGUCAUUAAAAUAUUCCGACCUCUUCAUGAAAAAAAAGAUUUGCUUUUUCUUCUUACAACAACAUAUGAUGCCAUGAUACUUGAGUGUUCUGGGGUGGGUGAAGACAUGGAAAUAAUAAAAAAAGCAACUGGUAAUGUUGCUGACAGCAUUAGUCAACCGUUAGAGAAUGCAGAUAUCAAAGCAGUUAUUGAUCCAGAAGCAAGAGUUAUUGGUCUUCGAUUGUAUGAUGGUUUCUUUACAAUAAUACCACUUGAGAAAGCUAACCCAGAGCUAAAGGCAUCAUCAAUACGUAUGGAUGAACAGCUAGUUAUAAAUGUUGAUUUUCUUCAUGGCUGUGCCAACCCAACGGUGGUCAUAAUUCAUCAAGACAUAGAUGAUCGUCGGGUAAAAACUCACGAAAUAUCCCUGCGUGACAAAAAAUUUGUGAAAGAACUCUGGAAGGAGAGUGUUGAGCGUGAAACAAGGAUGGUUAUAGGAGUGCCAUCUCCAACAUGUGGAGCAAUAUUCAUCGGUCAAGAGAGUAUACUUUAUCAUGAUCAUGGCCCUUCUUGGGUUGCAAUUGUUCCACCAAUACUCAAAUACAGUCCAAUAACAUGUUAUGCCAAAAUUGAUGCACAAGGUCUACGUUAUUUGCUUGGUGACAUGGCUGGUAAUCUAUUCAUAUUAUGUCUCGAACAAGAAAGAAAACCUGACGGUACCACUGUCAUAAAGGAUUUAAAAUUUGAAUUUUUGGGUGAAGUCAGCAUUCCUGAGUGUAUAACAUAUUUUGACAAUGAUGUUGUAUUUGUCGAAAGUCGUUUAGGUGAUUCGCAAUUGAUAAAACUCCUUACAAAACCUGAUCAAUAUGGAUCAUAUUGUGUAGAAAUUGUUGAUAAAGCUGUUGUUGAUCUUGAAGGAGAAAUGGUAAAAUUUUCCUCUCUAAAGAGUGCUACAAAAGGCGGCAACAGGUUUAACUCAAUCAUGUCUCUGUUUAUGGUUUACCUAAGAACUGUCGUCACACGUUUUAGCCAGUUUUUCCUGAGAAUGUUCAGGUGAAUACAAAGUACAUAGUUGACUCUCCAGGGCUGCUAUUGACGGCACAGUAGAGUGGAUCCAUAGAUGAUUCUCUACCCAGAAGUGAUGUUUUACGGAAAUAUUCAAAGAUUUCCGUAUCGAAUUGUGCACAUGCUGUUGCGCAAUUUUCAAUUUUAAAUAUCAAUUUUGGGUAUUUAGUGUACCAACUCAAAUUUUUUUUUGAAAUAUGUAUAACGGUUGUAUUUGGCAACAUUAAAUCGAUUAAUAAAAAUCAAAAUAUAAAAAUCUAUAGUGUUUUGCCUCUUCCCAUAUCUACUCAUAUUCAAUGUAUAAAUUUAAUAAUUUAAUUAUUUCUCUAGGAUCUCUAAGGGCUCAAACUCACGACAAGCAACGUUUCGCUUGUAAACAUAGCCGACAUAAUUCUGAGCGUUCUGAACAUGCGCAGUACGUAAAAUUACUAGAAAAAUCACGUCAACUGGGUACAUAUCACUAGCUUUAUGGGAAUUAAAACGGCCAUAUUUAUGAGUUCGACACAACCCAACUUGUUGCGCAUGCUCAGUGCGUUUUACAAUCAAAAUGUUGCUUGUCGUGAGUAGGUGCUUUCUUUUGUGUAUUUUUUUUUUCACUUUAAUGCGCAUGAUCAUACACAUGCGUAAAUCAUGCAAAAUUAAGGAGAGAGCAGUGGCGUCGAAACAAAUAAUUCUUAAAACAUAAAAAUUAAAACAUGGCUGAUCCAGCUCUUUAUGUCCUACGCUGCAUUUAACUGCGCAUGCGCGAAAAUAAACAGGAAAAAGAAUAAAUACACAAAAGAAAGCACCUAGUUUGAGCUCUUAUUCCAGUGGUAACAUUUUGUUGCAUAAAUUAUGGUGGCUAUCUAGAGUGCACUACUUUUACUCAUGUACUGCGCACUACGUAAUGCGCAGUUUUUAUCACCACGCACUUCAACUCACCGGCUCUAGGGUCCGUUCACAAACUCUCAUUUUUUCGGAUCUUCAAGAUAGCAGGUGCUUUUUUUUAGAUGUUUAUUUUUUUCACUUCAAUGAGCAUGAUCAUACAUAUACGCAUAUUAUGCAAACAUGAGGAGAGAACAGUGGCAUCGAACAAAUAAAGGUGAAUUUUCAAUAAAUUUUAAUUCUUAAAAAAUAAGAAUUAAAACAUAGCUGAUCUAGGGGAGCGUUCGAUAGCUGGCCGAGGGUCUCGGCCUGAGCCAACAGAAAGACAACUUGAUAAACCAAAAAUUGCUAUGAGAUAAUCCCAUUUAAAUAUUUGAAAUUAUAAUGUAGCAGUGCUGACACUACGAACAUAUAAAAUAAACCAUGAUGAAAAAUU